AUGCCACCACCGGCUCUACCAACAAUUCGCCACCCAAGUGGUCUCCAGAAACCUCCACUGCCUGCAAUCAGGAAACCCACCAUGGAUGAUGGAGUCGCGCGGAUGUUGGAAACUGGAAACUUGUCUGCAGAUGUUGAUUUGGAGGAAUUCUUCAAUAAAGAAGGUGUCUUUAAAGCCGUGAAGGCACCAGUACACCCCGUUAAGGAGCGACAACUUCCCAGAGUCAUGACAAAGACGUCUUCGUACGCAAGAUACAAUGGAGUAUUGUUAGACAUCGAGGACAUCCGUAAGAUUCCACCGAAGUUGAAUUUGCAGGAUCUUCGGGAGUGGGAAAAUGGUGUAGAUGAUGACGACGAUGCAAGCGAUGUGACGUCUUCGUUGUACGGCACAGUACUAAAGAACGCUGGAGAAAUCAUGACCCAUUUGCAGGCUCCGCAGCGUAAUGACACACGUACAUAUGUAGAACUUUUAGAUGAGUACUCUAUGCACGAAUUUAUUAUCAGAAAGGGAAUGACGCUCCGAAAUACACCGGAGUUUGCCUCUUUCAAGCGUCGAUAUAAUUCCUGUUGGGGCAACAUCGAGCAUAUAGUGGUGAAGUUGGAGAACUUCCUCAAAAUGUAUAACGUCGAACUUGCUUUUGUGGAUGGUAGAAAAGUCGCUGAGUUAGCUGCCUUUCAAGUGGAUGACAUUUUGAAGCGUGAGGAUCUGUUACAGUGCUUUGCAAAUCACGAAGAAGUAGAAGAGAUGACUGCAAAUGUGUCACAGUUGUAUGCCGCUGCAGACAGCGGCCGAAAGUUGGCAGUAGAAAAAAUUCAAGCUACGUGGCGUAUGUACCAACAGCGCAUCGCCUAUCGGCAUUUACUUGAUGGAAAGAAGGCUGCCACUACCGUACAGCGCGCAUGGACGUUAUACCGGUUGCAUUGUACAACGAGGAAGACAAUCAAGGCGUUACGCGAAACGCGUUUACUUCGGUGGAAACACACGAUGGAAGAGUUUAUAAGGAAGUGGCCCAAGAUCAGGGAUGGGCCUCGACGCAUCAUCCAUGUGCCGUCGUUGUCGUAUCCACGCUUUCAUGCGAAGCACGUCCCGUUUUACCUUCUCCUUCAAAUGGGGCAAAUCAUUCGUGUGUCGGAUCUUAAGGAUCCCAACGUUGAAAUAAUUCUUAUUGUCCCCAUGAGGCCGGAACCAGAGAUAUUAGAGUAUUAUUACUCAAUGUUGGCGAGCGCCGGCGUACCAGACGUGAAAAGUCGUUUAACCUUGCUAGUUCCUGAGGAGGCGAAGCGGCUUCCAGGUGUUCUCAGUUUGACGAGGCUGAUGCUUCUCAGCUCAAGGCUGAUGAAAUGCCUCGCGUCAGCGAGCAAAGGCCGCGACACCUACAUCGUUCCUGGUGUUGUGGGUGCUGAGGAGUUAUCUCUUGCCACCGAACUGAAUGUACCAAUGCUUAGUGCAGAUCCAAAUAUUGCUCAGGCGUUUGGAACAAAAAGUGGGGGUCGGCGGCUGAUGGAUUUAGCGGCCGUGCCGGCCCCUCCCGGUGCGCAUGGGCUCAACGAUAGGAAUGAUCUUCUCUCUGCGUUGGCGUUGCUUAUGGUUAAUUACAGGGAGGUUUCUCGGUGGCUUGUUAAGUUAGAUACAGAAUCUGGGAGUCGUGGUCACGCUUAUUUUGAUGUGAAUCGUAUUCACGUCAUGGCUGGCGUCGACGAGAGCAAGAAGACGUAUGAAAAUGUUUUAGCUGAACUUAAGCAGCACGCCGGUAAGCGGGCCCGGCUGCUUAAUCCGCUUAGUUACUCUGACUGGGAAGCAUAUCUGAAUAUGUUCGACGUGGUUGGAGGUUGUGUAGAGGCGGUACCCAAUCGAAUUAAGACAUCCCUGACGGCAAAUCUUUUCGUGGAACCGAGCGGUGUAGUGGCAGUUAACUCUGUUGUAGAACCGAUGCUUGCUCCUGCUUUUACGGUUAUUGGAUGUCAGUAUCCGUUUUCAAAGGUGGUCCCGUACGCUGCGGUGCGUGAUGCAGCGCUGGCUUUGGCCAAGGCUGCGUAUCACAAGGGUAUUAUGGGCUACAUGUCUGUUGAUUUUGUUGUCACAGAUGUCAGCGAGAAUUCUUUACCUCGGUUGUAUGCGGUUGAUGUUGACCUUUGCUUAACCAAUAACGCAGCAGCGCAUAGCUUCGCCUGUCUAGUGGCCGGUUGUGAAUGGAAUGCCGAGGAGGGAACCUGCUUAUUCCGUGGCACCGCUAAUAGUCUGUCAUAUGCGUAUAGUGGGUUGAUAUAUAGCCCACUUCUCGCUUCCGUGAGGCACAAGUCAUUCUUUACUCUUUGUCAUCGAAAGGGGUUAACAUUUGAUAGCCAAUUACAGUCUGGUAUUGUGUAUCACCUACUUUCCAUUAUCACAUGUGGCUGCGUUGGUGUGUUGUCUCUCGGAACACAGCGCAAUGUUGUGGCCAGGAAAAUGAAGGAAUUUCAAAGCUUACUGAACUUGGAGUUGCCAAAACAGGGCGAGCACACGGGGGAAAGUAACAUCAUGUACUUCUAUUCUGCAACCCACCAACUGGUACGUUCUGUGCAAGUAUCUGAAAUGAAGUAA